UGUGACGGUGAAGGUUAAACGGCCGCGUCGGCAUUGGCAUUGGCAUUCAGUCGUCCAGUAAAUUGCGGUGCGCGCGCAACCCAUUUCAGGCAGGCAGGCAGGCAGGCAGGCAGCAUCCAUUCCAUUCCAUUUCACUGCACUCCACUUCACUCCAUCUGCCGGUUAACGUAAACGACCGCUUACCGCCUGUCGCAUUCGUCAUCUAACCAUGGCCCCACCACGUCACAUACUUGAACUUAGCCGAAAGGAGCAGCGUCAAUUCAUUGACUCCUUCGACAUGGUCAUCAGCGAUUGCGAUGGCGUUGUCUGGCUGCUGGUGGGCUGGAUACCAGGCACUGGGGCUGCUGUCAAUGCCUUGAAAUCGGCCGGCAAGCAAAUCAAGUUUGUGUCGAACAACAGCUUCCGCACCGAUGAGCAGUACAUGGAGAAGUUCAAGCAUAUUGGUGCCAACAAUGUCCUCGACGACGAUGUUGUUCAUCCCGUCAAGACGAUUGUGCGUUAUCUAAAGAAGCACAGGCCUGGGCAGCGUGUCUACUCCCUCAUGUCGCUGGAGGCCAACGAGACGUUGCGUAAGCAUGGCAUUGACUUUGAGUCGCUGCAAGUCAAGGAGCAUUUAACAGCUGCCACGCUGGUAGAUCAUUUGAGCAUUGAUAAGCCAGUGGGCGCUGUGCUCUUCGACAUUCACCUGGACAUGUCCUACGUGGAGCUGGCGAAGGCCAUCAGGCAUCUGCAGCAGAACGAUGAUUGCCAGCUGAUAGCGGGUGGAAGCGAUGUCAUCAUGCCACUGGCCGAAAAUCUCAAUGUGGCUGGAUUCUUUGACUUUCUCGAGCAUGUGAAGCGCUAUACGCAGCGCGAGGCCACCUUCCUGGGCAAGCCAUCGCCCAUACUGGGCGAGAUGUUUGGGGAAAUAUUCGAGAUUCAAGAUCCCAAGCGUUGCAUCUUCAUUGGCGACACCCUGGUGCAAGACGUCCAAUUUGGUAAAGCGUGCGGCUAUCAGUCGCUGCUCGUCCUGAGCGGUUGCCUCACCAAAGAGGAUAUGUUCAGUGCUCCCGUCGACGCUCAGCCAGACUAUUAUGCCGACAGCCUGGCUGACUUCACGCAACUGCUCCAGAAUAUACAACAAUAGAUAAUUAUGAGUGGGAUGGACUGCAACUGGAACUGGGGACUUCCUUUAUUGGUCGAGUGUCGGGUGGCAAACAGAGUGUAAAACGAUUUCAAAUCUCCAGGUCAUCUGGAUGAUACAGUUCCGUGAGCAGACGAUACACAUAGGAGGGGGCGUGGCCACCGCUAAAUGAAAUAUAUUGCAUCAAAAUUGUUUGAUUUACUCUUGUUGAAUGUUAAAAA